AUGCGGCAGUCGCAACUUGUUAGGGAGUCCGAGACGGUAUCCUUCGAGCAAGAGGUCGGUGGCGAAGGCAACGAAGUGGAGCUGGGCAAAGAUGUCACCUUCGAUCUUUCGGGCUUCGAUGCCACCAUGGGUGACCAAAAGGAUCUUGCCAACACCUACAAGAAUGCUAUCCAGGUUCGGUCCACCAAGAUCGCCGAGGCUUUGGGCCGUUUGGAAGCCACCCCUGUUUCCGAGCGCAAUAACAACAUCAAUUCGCUGAUUGAGAAGCUGCAGAACUCCAUCAAGAAGUUUGAUGAAUGCUACGACAAGAUCGAUGAAACCUACUGCGAUGGUGCAGUGGAAGGAUACACAACUGCAAUGCUGGACAGCCUCAAGGACUUCUACAAGAAGGCCAAGCGCACGCAACGAUGGACGCCGGGGCCAACGGCUCGCAAGCUGGUUACCUCACUGGCAAUGGGAGAUACGGCCGCAAACGUGGUUCGCUUUGCCAAAGCUAUUGAAGAAGAGCAGCCAUUGCUCUUGCAAGGGGUCGCGGCCUUCGCAAAGCGCCGAUUCAAGUGGAUGGACGUUCGAGACUUGUUGGCAGGGCUCAGACCAUACGGGGAUUUAGCAGAUUUAUUUACAAGCGGAAUCCAGGAUGCAUCGGGAGAGGUUUGGUUCCCGAUUGUUAUCGGGAUGAAAGGGGACUCCCCUGCCUUGAACAAGGAAGGCUUUCACUGGGGUCGCCGCACUUGUUUUCCAUAUGGUGGAUGGAAAGCGGCUGAUUCAAUGAUGCUUAUGCGAUGGCUGCUGUUGCUGCUGAGACAUGGGCCUGUCUUGCCAGACGGGUCUGGACGUUCCGGGCGCACGUGGCUUCAGGAUCCUGAGAAAGGUGAGAUUUGCAGAGCCAUUGAGGAUGCUUGUUGUGGUUGUCUUCGUUUCUUCCAGAUAUUGCACAAGAACGGCUUAUGGCUUUCUCGCAGCGAAGCUGAAUCAGCAGCCGCUUCGGUCGAGCUUUUCUGUGCAUGCUACAAGCAUCUUGCUAUGGAGUUUUUCCGGAUGGGGAAAUCUUUGUACCACCUCGAACCGAGUUUGCAUAUGUUCAAGCACGUGCAAGUUCGACUGGUACGCAUAUUGGCUACCGGAGCGCAGGCAAUUAUGUCCCCGGCUGCUCAUUUGACUGACAUGAGCGAAGACUUCGUUGGCAUAUGCUCGCGAAUUUCACGGCGUGUUGCAGCACGUACAUGCGGGCAGCGCACAAUGCAGCGGAUGCUCAUCCGAUACCACUUAGAGUUCGAGAAGCUGGGCAUGUAG